CGUCAAAAGGUCCACUUUGACAGAUGGGCGGUUUUUUUGGAUAAAACAGAUGGAAAGCGCUGGAUCACUGUAAAACAACUUCGCUAAAGGACGGGAUCUGCACAAGAUGACGCGAAUUUGGACAUUUGCAGUUUUGGUGUUCUGUUUACGGAUUUCAAGACCAGCUCUUUCCACCAGGUGCUUUUCUUGUCAAGGACUGAUCGGUUCAACAUGCAAAAGCAUAACAACUGAAGUGGAAUGUCCGCAAGCAUAUGACUCUUGCUUCACAGUCACCAGAAUUAUGGACUACCCUGAAAUUGGCAGGUAUGUAGAGGUGAUCAAAAACUGCUCCAUUAGGCAAGAUUGCUGGUUUAACGGUAACGCCUCGUGUGAUAAUUCAUCCGGGUUUGUGAACAGUUGCUCCAUUGAUUGCUGUGUUGGGGAUUUGUGCAAUAACAUAACAGUGCAGAUCACGCUUAACUCUGUAGCACACGUGGUCACGCACACUAGUGCAGACUUCGCGAAACGCACGCACCUUGAGCGAGAGGUAACGAAUACUGGUGCAACAACAAAGGCAACACAAACCCCACUGUUUACAUCCGGGAUACCUGUGAUGACAAGAAAAGCAACGCAUGCGUCAAGGGUACCAUCCGGGAUACCUAUCAUGACAGCUGUGUCGUCAACACAGCGCCAAUCCACCUUGAAUGACAAAGCUUCUACACCCUGGAGCUCGCAGAGAAGCCCGGUUUCCGUAUCUAGAAGUAACAUCACCACCAAUGACUCGUCCCACGAAGUAAUAGCAGUCCCCAAUCAUUCCAAAGGACUUUGGAGUCAGCUACUUACUCAAGUGAUAAUGGUGGCUCCGGGAAUUAUUUACGAGAGAUUUUAGACAUUAAAUGAUAGGCAAGCCUAUCAUAGUUGAAGUUCAACUUUUGCUUUAUUCGGCAGACGAGACGGAUAAAGAUUAGAUCGCCAUAAUGAUAAAAAAUUAAGGUGGUUCUGUGCCGAAUGUACAGGUUUUUAAACUCAAAAUGGGGGCCGCUCGAUUUGUUCGCAAGUAACAGACACGGAAAACCAAAAUAAAGAGUAUCUCUCAGAGACUGCAGUGUCGCUAUGGUAACCUAAUAUAAGGGUCUGAAAUCGAGAGAUCACCAUUCCUUUUUAAAAACUAUCUUCGAGGAAUCAAAAAGAAGAAAAAAUAAUACGGGGGGGGGGAGGGGAAGAGAGAGAGAGAGAGAGAGAGAGAGAGAGAGAGAGAGAGGAGACUAAGCACGAUCCAUUAAAGAAAUGAUGUUUAAAAAUAGAAACUUUCGCAACAACUGUUUUCAAUCUCAAACGGCGCACAAAAAUGCUUUAGAAGUUAUAAUCAAAGUUGUGCUUUUAGCGAAUGGGGGAAACGGUACAGCGUAAAAUUGUAGGCCGACAACUAAGUCUGUUUGAUAAAGGAAGAGUAUGCUAGAGGACUAUUGUACCUUUUGAUCUCUAAAACCAUGAGGUAUACAGCUGUUUCGAGAAGGGUUUGC